AAAAGAUUGUGGUUAUGUUCAAAAGGGGCAACACUGGAGAGUAUCAGUUUUUACUAAAGUAUAUUGAGUAGUUUCAGUUUAUUGGGACAUAAUUGGAUUUAAUAAAAUAAUGAAACAGAGGGUCAUGAUAAAGGUCUUAAAAGAAGCCACAAAACCCAUAAGUGUGUUUUUAACUACACAGUCUUUAGUUAAAGAUAAAACUUCUGAAAAUAUCAGUUCAAUUCUUCCAGUAACACUUAACAGCACCGAUUCAACAGUAGCAGCCUCAUAUCAUUUCAAUGAAUUGGGAAAAAAUUUAUUGCAAGCAGCCGCAGAUGGUGAUUUGAAUGAAGUAAAUGAACUUUUAAGUAAUGGGUGUCCUUUCAUCGCUGACUGGUUGGGAGUAACUCCACUACACCUUGCUGCGCAGCAUAAUCAGUAUGAAAUAUGUGUGGCUUUACUUAAAGGAGGCAUAACAAAGGAUGCCAGAAACAAGGUUGAUAGAUCGCCCUUGCAUUUAGCUGUUUAUGAGGGACAUUUUAGAAUAGUUGAAUUGCUACUGGAACAUGGGGUGGAAGUUGACUGUGUUGAUAUGCUUAAUAUGACUCCUCUCCAUUGGGCAGUCCAAAACCAACAUCCAGAUAUAGUGGAAUUACUACUAAGACAUAAUGCAAGGAUAGAUAUUAAAAAUAAAUUUGAUCUUUCUCCUCUUGACAUUGCUAAGCAAGUAGAUAAUAUGGAUAUAACAGAUCUGUUUCAAGGUUAUGUAGAGAAUCCAGAACCUGCCAUACAGAACUUAUCAGAAGAACUUCAAAGUAUUGAGCAAAAUGAUCAUUUUACACCCACGAAUGACAUGGACAGUGAUAACCUACUCAGACCUGUGAUAAUAGUUGAUGAAAGCAAUUUUAUUAAUCUACAACAUUCACAGACUGAAGUUGUUAACAGUGAGGAUAGCAAUAACGAAUCUUAUUUAAUUAGUAUAUGUGAUAAUGACGAAAACUACACUCAGGCUAGUUCAAAAGACCCAGUGAUCAUAAACUUGGCUAAAGAUAUAAAUGAAGAACUGCCUCAGAUUAGUGAAAAAAGUGGAAGUAUCCCUUUAUCAAACCUAAAAUUACUUCAAUCAACGGAUGAAGAUAGUGAUAAUAAUUUCUCAGCAAUGCAACUGUUACAAGAGCAUGGAAUUACCAUGAUACCCAAUGAUGGCGAGGACAGUAGCAUUUUGAAUGCCGUUAUGGAAAAUGGGCAUUCUGUAGUAUUAACAGACAUUGGAAAGGAAGUUUUAAAUACAGUGAAACAACAAGAAGCAAACCAGGAGUCUUCAGUUGCAUUGAGUGAGCCUGAACCAAAUACAGUGAUAACAAUCUCUCCAGAGCAAUUUCUGUCGAUGACUACAGAAGCACAAACUACUGUGACUCCAGCACCUGUUAAUUUUGCGCUGCCUAAUAAGCCUAUAAAACGAAUUAUUAUGAAGAAAAAUCGUCUUACACCUUAUGGGAACAACUUGAAAGUGGUGCAUAAAACUAAUCUCAGCUUAGAUGGGGCUUUAAAGGAACUAGAAGAAGCCAAGAAAACGAUUGAGGAAUAUAAGACAAAGUUGGAAUUAAAAGAAAUGGAAUUGGAACGGUACAAAAAAAGGAUACAUGUAUUAUUAGUGGAUUCUUCCAAAUAAUGAAUGGAUUUCACUUUGUUUUUAUUUAUUUUAUAUACAUAGGUUUAUGUAACCUUAGGAUAUCAGACUUUGCUUUUUUUCUGUAAACAUCAUAAAACUGGGGUGACUGCCAGCUUUUGGAUGUUUUCUUAUCAAUAACUUUAUACAUAUGUUCAAGCCAAUAUUUAAAUUACUUACUACAUACUAAUGUGCCCUCUAAGAGGUCUUUUAGUAGUUUUCUAUAUCUGGUGUUCUAGGGUAGAAAUUUUGGAUCAAAUUGUUUUUUUUUUUCUUUUUAUUAUUCAAGUUAUUGGAGUGGAAUCAGUUUGUUUUUUAUAACCUUUGUUACCAUGUUAGGCUGUUGAGGUCCAGCCUUAUUGCUAGAAUUUUAAUUUUACGUUACUAUGACCGUACCUAUUAAUUUAAUUAAGUUCACAUCUUGAAUAUGGUGGUAAUUAAAGGUAUGGCUCAUUGAGCAAAGCUUUAAAUAAUUAUAUGGGGCCAAUUAGUACCUUAGUUUACAGGUUAUUGCCUAGUACUUUAUAUCUCAUAGUUGCUUGCCAUAGCAUUGACCUUUUUUUGAUAAUGGAAAAACGGUUUUAGCAGGACUAAUUGGUCACCUUAUAGUUAUCUUUUAGAAUAAGCUUAUUUUUAUAAAAGACUUUUUUUAAUAAAAUGUAUAAAAAGUUGAAAA